AUGCCCCAAUUCAAGAAAAUCAACCUCCCAGAGGGAGGCACCACCCUCACCUACUCAACAGUCGACAACCACGACAUCAAAAUGGACUACUACUUACCCCCAGCAACAUCAACCGGCUCCCUCCCCGCCAUGAUAUACUACCACGGCGGCGGAAUGACCGCCGGAUCACGACGCUCCCUAUCAUUCCCACACUGGCUAUACGCCCACUGCCAAAAGGCAAACUACAUCUUCAUAAGCGCAGACUACCGACUCGUGCACCCAACAACAACAGCCGAUCAAAUCCACGACGCCAAAGCGCUCUUCACCUUCCUCACAAACCCCAACUCAGCAUUCGCCCAAGCCCUCCCAGCAAACACAACCCUCGACCCGGCCCGCAUCGCCGUAAGUGGGUUCUCGGCUGGCGCGUACUCCGCGCGCGCAGCAUGCAUCUACGCAACGCCCAAGCCGGCAGCGUUACUGUCUGUGUACGGACUCGGCGGGGAUCUGCUGCUGGACCACUGGACGGAGGGCCGGCCGGCGACUUCGAUUGCCCGAUUUGUGAAUUUGGAUGAUGUGCCUGCGUUGUUGGCUGAUCGGACUGUUGUUAGUGAUGAUCUUGAGGAGGGGGCUCCUGUGUCGAGGCGGUUUGCGUUGACGGUGAGGUGGGAGCUAGAUGGGACGAUGCUGGAUGGGUGUUUGGGGGUGCCGGGGUUGGGGGGCAUGUUGGGGGCGGUUGGGUAUGGGGAGAGGGAGGGACUGGUGCCUGUGCAGUUGAGGGAGAGUUUUUUGCAGUUUUUUGUGGGCGCGGAUUAUCCGCCUAGUGUUUUUGUGCAUGGGACUGAGGAUGAGGUGGUGUUGCCUCGCGAGAGUGUUUAUCAUCAUAGGCAGUUGAGGGAGGCUGGGGUUGAGAGUGAGUUGUUCUUGGUUGAGGGGGGUGCACAUGGGCUUUGGGAGUUUGCGCUUCAGCCUGAGGAUGAGUCGGUGGUUGGGAGGGAUACUGCUAAGGCUUAUGAUGGGGCUUUGGCGUUUGUGGAUCGGGCUUUUGAGCGUGUUGGGGGUGGGGUUGGU